GUAUCUGGUAGGGCAACGGAAGUUGCUAUAUGUCUAUCUGCCGUGGCAAGGGAACACAAAGUAAGGAACCUCUGUGAUCCAACGAAGGAAAGCGCGGUUCGGCUAAUUGUGGAAGGAAUUAGAAGGUCUCAGGCCCUGGUUAAAACUGAGACUAGGUGGCCGAGAGACCCGUUACCAGUAGCAGUAGUUAAGCGUUACAUUAUGUUUCCACCACCAGGGAUCA